AUGGAGGUCCAUGUGAUAGCCAAGUGCACAUAUAAGUCGGAAACCAUUAUGUUUUCAGUUUCAUCAAAGUCAUCCAUGGUUGAUGUUUCGAAGACUUUGUGUCUAAGAUUUAGGGGUUUGCAGUUGGGUAGUUUCAAGUUACAGUAUUCGCUGCCUGGUUAUUCGAGUUGUUUACUAGAAACAGAUAGUGAUUUAGACAUGAUGAUGGCAUAUUUGUCGAUAUCAAAUGCGAAGAGUGUGGAUAUUUUAGUUAAGGAUUUAUGCUGGAGCAAUGAGUAUAAUGGUGAUUUUUGUGGAAAUGAGGAGUUGAUAGCAUGUGAAAAGGGCAAGUCAUCGUGUUCUAGUAUUGUCGAAGACAUAAAUGAAUUUUUGGGCAGGUCGAAGAGAGCAAGUGCUAAGCCUUUGUUGUCGAAUGAGUGGGAGACGUAUAUACAUCAUGUCGGGCAGAAGUUUGACGGUGGUGCAGAGGAGUUCCGGUUGAAAUUGUGCAAGUAUGCUCUUGAAGUAGGAUUUAAUUUUUUAUAUGUCGACAAUGACAAGAGGCGGGUGAUUGCUGUUUGUUCGAAUAAGAAGUUUGAGGGUUGUAGUUGGCGUGUUUAUGCAUCUCGUUGUGAAGCUAUUGGCUGUUUUGUAAUUCGGACGUUAAAUAAUGUGCAUACAUGUGCGAGUUGGAUACGGGAAUCAAAGAACAUUUCAUACUACCACGCAUGGUUUUGCAAAGAGUUAGCUAAACUGGACGUUCAUGGUGAUGAGUCGAAGUCCUUCAACGAGUUAGUGUGGCAUACGGACGCCGUAAAGGAAACUAACAGUAGUUCUCUAUGCAAGCUUGAAUGUGAAGCCGGAAUUAAUCGCUUCAUACGGUUUUUUGUAUCGUUUGGUGGUUCCAUUGCUAGAUUUCAAUAUUGCACACCCUUCUUGUUCAUUAAUGCUACAUUCUUGAAGAACAAGUACAAUGGGCAUCUUCUUUGUGCUUCCAGAAAGAAUGGGAAUCAAGAUAUGGUAUCUCUUAGUAAUCCUGUUGAACUAGAGGAAGUAGAGGAAAGUCUCUUUUAG